UGUAAGUGUUAUCUGCACUAGUUGACACGUGUUAUCACUAGUGGCCGUUGGAUUAAUCUCUGGUUCUUAUCCUUGUGAUGAGGUUGGUUUGUUCAAUGGUGCAGCUACUUUGUUUCAUUGAAACGUGAAUACAUGGCGAUUUCAAAGCCACCACCACUACAUUUCACUUUCUUUCACAAUCAAGAUUCUUCAAUUGAUACAUCGGAUUCAAACUUAGCACUUUCUAUUGAUACAUCUAGAAGACGAAGAGACGUUUUGCUCACAAUUUCAGGUACACUAAUCCCUCAACUGUUCUUCUUCGAUCGCAAACGCUCUUCUUCUGCGAAUGCCGCUGAUUUUUUCAACUUCGGAGCUCCUCCACCUGAGCCUGAACGCACCGUGGAACUUGCUCAGGAAGGAUUAAGAAAAAAUGCAGAGAAUAUAAAAAGAAUCAAGGAGAUUAUGAUAGAAAAGAAGUUGUGGAAAGAAGGAGGGAAAGAGCUAAGGAGAAGUGCAUCAAACAUGAAGCAAGACUUUUACUUAAUCAUCCAAGCAAAGCCUCCUAAGGAUAGACCUCUUUUUAGGUCUCUUUAUUCCUCUCUCUUUAACUCAAUCACCAAGAUGGAUUAUGCAGCUAGAGAUGGAGAUGAAACUAAGGUGUUGGAGUACUAUAUUAAUAUUGUUGCAAUCCUCGAUGAUAUCUUCCCUCGAAUUUAAUUUCGAACAAUAUAAUAUUAGUUUAGGCAAUCGAUUCGCAUUUGUUGUCAUGUUCUUUCUUGUCUAUCCAAAAGAAAACACUAGUGAAAAUACAAGUGACAAGAGAAAAAGUUGGCAAAUGUUUUUUGUACGAUUUAUCUUGUCAUCUUAAGAAACUUACCUACCUACAUAAAGAAAUCAUAGCAUAUGUGAGC